AUGUCGACAACCAUCUCCAUCGUCGUUUUUCGGGGAGAUCCUAUCGACUGGGCAAUGUAUCGACACACAGCAAUCCAUGUUCAGUUUGCUGAUGGCCAAGACUCGAUGUUCCACGUCACUGGAGCGCACCCGUUUUUCAAAUAUACCCCGCUAAAUAACCACCCCAAAAACCUCAACUUGACUGUAGUGGCCUCCAUCCCAGUCUGCAGACCACCAGACUCUAUCACAAAACGCAUGAUUCAAGAGACAUGUAUCAGAACACCGGUCUGGAAUGAUCCUCGCCACUCAGAUUGGAAUUGCCAGAACUGGGUUGGUGAGGCUCUCGCUGGUCUGGUUGCUAUUGGCUGCGUCACUCAAGAGGAACGGUUAAAUGCGGUCACUCAGAUGGUGGAUGUGUGCUUGGAGGCUGAAGAUGAACCCAAGGAUGUGUGA